UCAAGAAAAAUCCACCUGCCUCUGCCUCCCAAGUGCGCCACCACCACCCAGCCCUAUUUAUCUUUCAUGCUAUAAAAAUACAUGGGCCUUGGGAGUAUAAGAACCAGCCCUGCAGAGAGACAAGGAAGAAAAGGCACAGAACCCAGGUGACAAGAAGCACCAAACACCACAGAACUUAGACAAGGCUGACUACCCAACCAGAGGGAAGACUACAUUUUGCUGUUUCUGAUUUCCUAUGAAAUCUGGUGGCCAGAACUGAGAGAGGGAAGGCAGAUUUGCUGGGGUUGGGGGAAUUAGUCUGUAGUCAUCCCAGAAUACUAUCUAAAGAAAAGGGAAAUUUAAUUUCCUGUUUCUGCUCAUUGAAGUUUGUGGUAACUCUAGUCCAACUAGAGCUUAGCAUGUGGCCAAAGCCUCCCUUGCUUGGAAAAGCCUUCGUCUAUUCAUCUAGGCCAUAACUGUCUGCCUAAACCUUGCUUGUGGGCUGGGACAUGCCCCUCUACCUUUCUGAGCCCGGGACCUGUUCCCUCUACAAUGUCCCCUGAGGGGAUACUGAGCUGCCCACAAAGUACAGAGGAUUGGAUGGUGUGGGCUGCUGUCCCUUCCUUAAACUACAAGCUCCUGCCACCCAGCACACUUUGCCCAUCCCUCCACAAUGGAACAUCCUCAAUACCCAGACACAUUCUACUUGUUGGAAUCAGGCUACGUUCUAGAACCUUGCCCUCUCCGACGCCUUCCUCACUGUGGAAUACACUGCUGUUUCUGACAGAACACCCUAGCAUGGAAGGAUCUUGCUGGCUCUGGACAGUGACCACUUGUUCCAGUUGCUGGGUCUGACUUGAGAGCAGGUUGUGACCAGGAUGCGGUGGCGGGACCGCAUAGCUGUGUUAUGCUUCCCUCCAGGGCUGAUGCUCACUGUAGCUGCACUCAUACUCUUCUUCAUACACAUGGGUGUCUUUGCCAGUGAUGUUCACAAUUUCUGUGUCAUCCAUCACUACGACCGCAUGAGCUUCCGUUACACGGUUGUAUUAAUAUUCUCCCAGGUGAUCAGCAUCGGCUGGGCUGCCAUGGGGUCACUCUACGCAGAGAUGACUGGUGACAAGUUUCUUAGAUGCUUUGCUUUGACCAUCCUGAGACUCCAGGUCCUAAGCUGGCCCAAACACGAGCAGGCUCAGGAAGGACCUACACGGAUAUGAGGGUUCAUGAGCGGGUCCAGAUUGGGAUCACUGUCUGCUGCAGCCCUGCCGAGUCGAGACAUAAGGGCGAGGAGUGCCAGGAAGCCCAGCAGCCCCAACAGGAGCAGCAGCCCUGCCCGCUGGAGCAGAGUCAGUGGCCGCUUCCGGGACCCAGCCCGGCUCCUAAGAAGAAUGAGAGAAAAGUCAGGUCAGGCCCUGGGUCCCUGCCCUGGCACAGAGAGAAGCCUUAGUCACUACCUUUGUGGACUGGGACUGGUCACCCUGUACUCCUGUAUUCGCCAUCAUAUUGAGUUAUUAUGAAGCUUGAAUUAGUGGGACACAAAUCAUCCUGGAAGCCUGAAUAUGUUAAACACGAGGGACACUUAGAAAAAUUAGGUGGUUAUCACAGCAGAAAGGAGCCUCAGAGCCCAAAUCCAAACCUCCUAUAGGAGGAAAGGGCAGAGUCCCUGGGAGUACACAACACAAUAAAGCUGCCUGUCAAGCCAGGGCCUCACUAUGGCCCCAGAACAA